AAAAAGUUCUGGGUGCCAUCAUGAAGGUUUUAGUGAUGUGUGUUGUGGUAAUAUAUUUUUCGGAUACAGUGUACAGUAUGUCUGUUAACGACUUUUUCAAUAGUGGCUGGGACUCGAUAAGCUCAGCCUGGCACAGGAUGAUUGUUGCCAUCAAGAAGCCUGUCAGGCCGAGGAGGUUGGGGUCCAUUGGAAGACGCAAAACCACCACCACUACACCAGACCCCUCGCCAAUCUUCAGCAUGGACACAACACUAGUACCACCAACGGUAGUGCCUCCAACGACAAUCAUCAAACCAACGCCCACCGAACUGAUCAUACCCUACGCUGGCAAAGCCCACUCCUCGCCCAACCAGGCAGUAUCAAUCGAAAUGCCUCCUGAAAUUAGAAGGAUAGCAUUCACUGAGAACAAUGAACCGGUGACGAUGCCAGGGGAUGGUAAGGUGAAGGUGCCAUACCUUCCAGAACCGAUUUGGAAGACGCUGGAAGACUGGAAGCAGAUGCAGAGACCGCAUUUCGUGAAGUUACUCAGGGGUGAUAAGGAUAACGAUGGAGGUGUGUAA